AUGAAUAGACACGCCAGCGGACGAGGCAACUCGUACGGACGCCAUUCACAUCGCGGUGGUUUAAAAUGCGCUCCACCAGAAAGCGUUGACCACCGCCUGAGUCCAUUAAGGGAUGUGGUGGCGGCGGGAACACCUGAUCCGGCUCGAGGGUCGGAUCAGCUUGAUGUUCAGGAGCUGAACCGUGUAACGGAACAGUCGCAAUAUGACCUGGCUCAUGAACGGACUCGGCGUUAUGAGCUCAAUGAUCUUGUAAAGGAUAAUUACAACUCCUUAGUGCACGAUCGUUCGGAAGAUCGUGCCGCGUUUGCGUUCACGCAACUUGAGAUCAAAAGUUCGACUCGUUCUCUUCGUGACGAGCUAGCAGCGGCUCGUCGAGACAUCGCUCAACUGCGUGAACAGGUCACUUCAAAAGUCGACCAGACUGGCUCGUUGAAACGGGACCACUCGAAGGUGGUCUCGGCUCUCGACCGCGGAGAUGUUCUUUGCAUCUCGAAACGGGCUCGUACUGAUAGUACGGGCGGAGACGACCAACGUAAAACGUAG